AUGGACGCGUUCAUCUCGAGGAAGAGGCGUUGCGAGUCGCCCUCACCGCGGGCUGAAUGUCACGGGAAUCACACUCCAACACCACCAGCCGAGCAGGAAGAGGAGUCGACCGAUAUCAAGCUGGCAAUCCUGUCGUCCCUCCAUCCAGCCAGAUCGCAGGACGACUUGCUGGAGAUUCUACUCAGCUGCGAUGGCUCGGUGGCUGCUGCAAUCGAAGCCCUCUCCACAGAUCGCGAAGAUGUCCCACCACCACUAAAGCGUCGACUCACCACCAUCCCGGGCACGCAAAGCGCCUUGCCCUUCAAAUCCGGGAGCAACAGUCCCUCAAAGACAGCGGUGCAGCCGUUGACCCGCAAAGGCAAAACCCUCCACUUGUACACCCCGGAAGAUAUCGCAAACAACACGCCCUGCUCCAUCAUUCACAACUUCCUGCCUCCCUACCUCGCCAAUGCCCUUCUCGAAGAACUCCUUGCCGAAGUCCCAAGCUACGAGUCCAUCCAGUUCAGGAUCUUCGACAACGUGGUCAAGUCUCCUCACACGGCAUGUUUCUACGUUGACAGCUUGGCGGACAUCCAACGGCAGCGAAGCGAGUACUACUACAACGGCAACGAUCUUGGCGAUAUCCGACAGCUCCUCCCCAUCAUGAGGCAAGUUAGCGAUCUGGUGCGUGACGCAGUGAACAAAGAGAUCGACAUUCGCAUCCGUGACUUCUAUCCGGACGGCAAGAGACUAAAGUAUCAAUCGCCCAAGCUCUGGCAGCCGAACGCAGCAUUCGUCAACUGCUACGACGGCGGCGCCCAACAUGUGGGAUAUCAUUCCGACCAGCUCUCCUAUUUGGGUCCCCGAGCCAUUAUCGGUAGUCUCAGUCUGGGCGUGGCGAGAGAAUUCCGUGUCCGAAAGAUCGUGCCCAAGGAUGAUCCAAUCGACGAGAAUGCCCGUAUCAAGGCCGACAGUAGCACUCCUGCGGCCGAUAUCUCCGGGCAGAUCGCCAUCCAUCUCCCGCAUAAUUCUCUGCUUGUGAUGCACGCCGAGAUGCAGGAGGAAUGGAAACACAGCAUCGCCCCAGCCGUCAACAUCACGCCCCACCCCGUCGCGGGCAAUAAGCGCAUCAACAUCACAUACCGCUGGUACCGGGAGGAGUUCCGCCCCAAGUACACGCCCAAGUGCAAAUGUGGUCUCCCCACCGUGCUGAAGACGGUCCAGAAGCAGAAGGCCAACAGAGGCCGGUACAUGUGGAUGUGUCAAGUGGGGAGUAAACCCGGGGGAGGUACAGGGUGCGGCCAUUUCGAAUGGGCACAGUUUACCGACGACGGCGUUCCCGUGGGUUGGAAGGCCGUAGCGGAUGAGGACGAUCUGAAGAAGGAGAUGGGGGUGUUGCGGGACCCGGAGCAGCACCUCGAGAAGACAGACCUCAAGACAUACAAUGAGUGA